ACACGACCUCCCUCUGAACCGGAACUUCCUGUUUCAGCCUUUGUUUGUAAACAGGCAUGAGGAAGACGGCGGCAUAAUCCGAUUUCCCAAACAGUGAUUGUGCCUUGUAGCUGUUCUUUAAUGGUGUGUAACAGUGGUUCAGUGUCCUUUGGCCCCGAGCUGAAUUCCCGAGGUAGAUAAAAGGGCCGACAUUUGAUGGUCAGUAGUUCCAGAUUUAGAGUGCAAGAGCGUGAAAGGGGAACGAUGGUCGCGCUGUCGCAACAGUGGUUGGUCACCCUCAGACACACACCACCUCCCCUACUCCAGUGUUCUGUCCAUGCGGUAAACCGAGAACAACUCGGCCGGCUGGAUGGCGUGGUCUGGUACCGCUGGGUUCAGGGAUGUCUCGGUAAAUCAGAGAAUGUUGCAGUCCCGAAUGUCCAUCUGGAACUAGACCCUUGACCUGAGGUCGUCGAGCUUGUUUUCCAGUGACUAGACGUUGUUCCUGACGCCGGUACGUCCUCUGCUCUUGCUCAGGAUCUCGCUCGGCCAGCAUAGGUCCGGGUUUAAAAACGGCGAAAGGUCGACUUGAAGUUAAAUGUCACAUCAACAUCAGCUGAAAACAUGGCUUCUGUAAGAGACAUUUUAAUAGAAACAGCAGCUCUGGGGAGACCAUUUCAUCUGGGAAUGCUGUAUGACUGCAGAAAUGAUACAAUAGUACCAGGAAUGACACUUUGGGAUCAAGAGCAGCUGCAGCAGAACAUAGAUGUUAAACCACAAAAUAAUACAGAAUUCCGAGUUACAACUUCAGACACAAUUGAUGAAAAAGCAAAGCACCUGGAAGUUGAUGGUGAACUGAAACUGAGUCUUUUGGGAAGUCUAGUCACAAUAAGUGGAGCAGCCCGAUAUUUCAAUGACACCAAAAAGUCAUUUAUACAAGACAGGUUGACGAUGCACUACAGAACAACCACUAAGUUCGAGCAGUUGACUAUGAACCAUCUGGCUAAAGGAAAAAUGGGUCACCAUGAGGUGUUUGAUCAUGAUGUAGCAACACAUGUGGUUACAGCAGUGCUGUAUGGAGCUGAUGCUUACUUUGUGUUUGAUAGAGAAAAGAAUUUAUCUGAGGAGACAACAAAUGUAGAAGUAGAAGGAAAGAUUUCAUUGGAUAAGCUGAAGAGUCUUCUUUCUGUUGGGGCACAUGCAGCAUUAAACAUGAAUGAAAAUGACAAGAAAGUCGCAAAACAACUGAGCUGUACAUUUUAUGGGGAUUUUAUUUUGCCCUCAAAUCCAGCGACUUUUGAUGAAGCUAUGAAGGUUUACACUGAUCUUCCAAAGAUGCUUGGAGAGAAUGGAGAACAUGCAGUUCCAGUGAGGGUGUGGCUUUAUCCUCUGGUUAAACUGGACUCGAAAGCAGCCAAACUUGAAAGAAACAUCAGCACAGAUGUAAUUAGAGCUGUGGAGUCAGUAAUUGAAGCUUUAAAUUUCACAAACAUGAAAUGUGGUGACUUGUUACAAGACACAGUGGCAAAAUCUUUUACCACAUUUUAUAAACAAGUGCAGGAUUUUCAGAAAUUCUGCUACGAGUACAAGCAAGAUUUCAUGAAAAAGCUCGGGUUCCUUCUGCCAGACAUCCGUGGAGGUAAAACAGAUAUCAGUGCCGUAAGUGAUCUCAUACAAGCCCAUGAGAAAUCUCCUUUUAAUACUCGUGAUCUUCAGCAGUGGAUAACAGAGAAAGAAAAAAAAAACAUCCAAAUAAAAACAGUCCUGAAGCAGCUCAGUGACCUUGGUGCAGAAGUGAAUGAUGACAUACACAAAUAUCUACUGGACUUGAAAGUGAAGAAAUUGGUUGCUUAUGCAUUUAACUGUCUUCAGUAUUCAGAUCUUCUCCUGACUAAACAAAAGAUCUACCUGAACCCUUCAACAAUGGAACAUUCCAGUGAAAAUACAUCUGAUCCAGAUUUUCAGGAAAAAUCAUGGACCUCUGUUGAGCUCAUGCACAUGAAGAACAACUUACAAAUUUUUAAGAAUUUAAUCACAUUCAAUAAUAAGUGUGAGUCCACAAAAUUCAUUGUCCAAAGUCUGCAUCAAACAUCAACAUUCCCAUGUUCCUGCAUUCUAGUGUAUAAAAAUGGGUGCAGUGAACCGAUCUGUUUUACUCCUCCAUCAAAGCCAGAAUGUCCAAAAAUCGAGGGUGUCACUGAUCACAGUGUAACAGUAAAAGUAAACUCUCCGUGUGCUGCUACACUGCAGAGGAAGCUACUGUACAAAAUGAAACGAGAAAGACUGGAAAUCUCAGCCUGUGGAUCAGGAUGUAAUCACACUGACAGAUCUUAAAGAAGGCACUGAUUAUGAAAUAAAAUGUGGAGCAGUAGGAAAACUUGACUACAUGGUUGAAAGUGACAUAAACACUGUCACAACUACACUGUCUGUGGUAAAACCCCAGAAGGUUCAGAAGUUAACUAAAAGUGAAUCAACGCAGCAGGUUUCCGAUAUUUUCUCAACGUAUGUCAGGAUGCAAAAACAAGGUGGACCGGGCAUAAAGUAUUUGGUCUGUUUAUCUGGAAAAACAGUGGAUGCAGAUAAGAUGUUUAUAUAUCAGCUUAAAAAAUCCAUAAAUCUACAGGAGGUUUCUGAAGUGGAUGAGUGUGAUUUCAUUCUGGUUUUCUGCCCUGUUGUGUCACGAGCUGGAACUGACAUUGAAGCAGCAAUGAAAAAGCUUCAUAGUAUUUCAGACACAAAACCUGCUGUUCUUGUGGUGCUUCAUCACACAUUUGAUGUACAUAGCAUUGUACCAGACACCUGGAGAUUUGUAACCAGAAAAAACUUGAUCGCAAUCGACUGUCUGUUUCAUGAAGAUCUGGGAUUCCAUAAGUGUGAUAAAAAAUAAUGAAUCACUGUCCAAAAUUACAAAAUUUAUUAAUUCUUUGGAGAAACCACGGUAUAAUAAUGUCAGGAAGCAAGAACAUGGUGGACCAGUAAAAGACAUGCUGGAAGACGUCGUUACAGAAGAGGAACAGCUGAGUGAUUUAAAAGAAUAUUUAGACAAAAAUGAGAAGACUCUUGCUGAGAAAGAUGCAGAGAUAAUGGAUCUACAUAAAAAACUUCAAAAAGACUCAAGAGAAAGAGAGACUGGAGAGAAAUGUGGAAGAAAAGAAAAUUAAUAUACAGGAAAAUCUGAAGAAAUUUCAAAACUAUGUAGAGAAUAAUGAGAAGACUCUUGCUCAGAAAGAUGAAGAGUUAAAGAAAACAAAUGAAAAACUUCACAAAUCCACUGAAGUACUUAAGGAGAAAAGCACAGAACUGGAGAAGAAGCACAAACUUCUGAAUGAGACAGAAACACAGCUGAGGAACACAAAUGAUAAACUGAAAACCAGUGAAAAUAAACUGAGGACACUGGAACAAGAGCUGGAGGACUCAGAGACAUUUACAAAAAAUAGAGAGAGAAAAAACCCAACAGCUUGAAGAGAAAGACAGACUUCUAACUGAAAAUAAACAACACCUUCAGGUGAUGGUGAAGACACUGGAAGAGAAAGACACACAACUCAGAGAGUUAAAAGAAGAAUUAGAGGAAAAAGAGGAAAUGAUAGAAAAGAAUCAGAAACGGCUUAAAGAGAAAGCGAGACAACUGGAAAUCAUGGUGAAAGAACUUUUGGCUUAAUAUACAUAAGCACUGCAGAUGGAGGAUGACUGAUGGACUAGAACAGAUAGAAAGUUUGUGGUUUAUAAAUGCAGAAAUACUAUGAAAUCCUACAAGGCCUUUAUAGAUUCCCUUCAAAAAAGAAGUAGAUCUGCAGGAGGUUUCUGAAGUGGAUGAGUGUGAUUUCAUUCUGGUUUUCUGCCCUGUUGUGUUACGAGCUGGAACUGACAUUGAAGCAGCAAUAAAAAAGCUUCAGAGUAUUUCAGACACCAAACCUGCAGUUCUGGUGGUGCUCCAUCACACAUUUGACACAAAGUACAGUGUACCAGACAGCAGCAGAGCAGUAAACAGAAAAAACCUGAUUGCCGUUGACUGUCUGUUUCAUGAAGAUACAGGAUAAUUAACAUAUUUAAUAAACUCCUGGACCAAUAAUAGGCAGAUAAUUACUGUAUGUAGUCAUUUCUCAGCACAGUUAGUUUUAAAUGUGUGUAAUAUGGCUGACUCAAUGCUUUAUUUAGCAUCUUAGGGACUUCAGGACUUUGCCUCAGGCUUGUACAGACCUGCAAACUAAAAUCUUCUAAUAUUUCAGAUCAUGUGAUUUCUCUUAUGUUCUUUGUAUUUUUAUUUUUUUUACCAUUAUACCAUUCUUUCUAAUAUUAAACAAUCAGAAUAUUUGUAAUAUUAAAUAUUGGAUUAUACAUAUAUCAAACAUCUAAGACAACUAAAGAAAUGUUGUUAUGGAUGUUCAUGUGUAUAAAGAUUAUUGUUACAUACAUUUACAUUUAGAUAUCUACCACUGUGGACUGUGCACCUGUAGCCAAUACUGUUCUUCACCAUUGCAUUACUUAGAUUUUUCUCUAUAAAUGUCCCAUUUUGGGGGGGUUUUAGGUUCAGGUAUCCAGCUCUGCUCCUGCUCGCUGUCCUGCUGUAAUAACAGUGCAAACACUAUUUAUUAGAAUGUAUUAGCCCUUAAUGAAUCAGAUAUGUGAGCAGGUAAAUCAAUGUGUAUUUAACAUUAUAAGUCAAAUGCAAUUUAAUUAGUUUUAAUACAAAUUCAAAUGAAAAACAAAUGUCUACGUCUACAUUUCUGAAAUUUUUUGACAUCUGCAUAAGUGCUACACACAAUGCUCUAACAUCUCUGACAUGGAAACUAUUAUAAAUUAUUUAUUUGUACAGUCACACCUGUAAAUUAAUGAUCUUUAAUUUGUGAAUCUAUGUUUUGUUUUUUUGAUCAAAUCUUACUCCUACUCAACAAACCCAUCACGUGGUCUAUUACAAACUGGUUCCUGAACGAUUUGGAAGAAUGAACGAGUUGUACUGGUUCAUCAAGAGUAAAAGAGGGUGGAGCACUUUGUAGAAGUUAGAGAACUUUGUAGAAGUUUAAUAUCUGCAGUAUUACCCUAGUAGUAUUAAUAUGCAACAAUUAAUGAUGUCCUUACACAAUAAACAUUGUGACUGAAAUUUGAUUACUGCAAAUGCUAUUGUGAUGUUGGAAAGCUUACCAGAUUAUAUAUUUGCUAAGUAAUAAAGCAAUUGUGGGGCAAAAAUCGGACAUGAAGCACUUCAGUAGGCAGAUACAAGUCAAGUAAACAAGAUGUCUAAAUGAGGAAGAGCAAAGUUUGAACAUCAGUCAAGAAAAGACUAAAGAUGGCAACUGGAAGAAGCAAUGAGUUUAAACUCAUUGGCCCCCGUGAUAGAGAGAGUUACUCUGGCUCUUCUGUCACUCUCUCAUGUCGUCUGUCUCCUGAAAUCAGUGCUGUUAACAUGGAGAUCCGGUGGUUUAAGGAGACAGACUGUGUUUGUGUCUAUAAGAACAGACAGGUGACAGAGGGGAGACGACACGAGGGCAGAGUGAAUCUGUUCACUCAGGAGCUGGAGAGAGGAAACGUCUCCUUACAGCUGAGAGACUGUAAAUGGCCAGAUCGAGGACUUUACGUGUGUCAGGUCACUGAUGGAGACAGAACAGAGGAGAUUACAGCAGGAGUAGUGAUGGACUCAAUUAUCCAGUGGCAACAGGCAAAUAUCUUUGUUGAUGAUGUUAACAAAACAUGGAAAGAAGAAGAGAGAAUAGAAAUGGAAAGAUCAGCUCUGUUGACCGAAUAUAAAGAUAUAAAAAGGCUUAGUAAUGAACUAAAAGAAGGUAAAAACACCAAACAGGAACUGGAGAGAGCACUUAAGUCACUGGAAAGUAAAGACCACCAACUAGCAGAGAGUAAAAUACAAAUAGAGAAUAAAGAUUCUGAACUGACAAACAGAGAGAAAAUCAUCAAGGAGAAAGACGCACUACUCAGCAAUACCAAUACAAAAUUAGAAAACAUCAUGAAAGAGCUACAGGAACGAGAUGAGUCGAUAAAUAAAACACACGAAAGACUUCAACAUGCUAUCGAAGAACUUAAGAUUAAAGACGCACAAUUGGAGAACUUGAACAGACUGCUGAGGGAGAAAGAAACACAGCUGAGGAACACGGAUAAAGAACUAAAAGCAAGUAUAAAAAAACUGGAGACACUGGGAGAGGAGCUUCAGGAAACAAAGAGACACAUACAGGAAAUGAUGAUGGUCCUGGAUCAACAGAGAAAUGAGUUAGCAGUAAAAAACAAACUCAUUAAGAUGAAAGUGCACCUUCUUGCUGAGAAGGAGCCAGAAGGAAUAAGACCAGAGGUGAGAUCACCUUCCCUCGAUGGUGCAAUCAGCAAGGAGUUGGUUCUACCAAUGAGUGGAGUGAAUCAGGAUGAAGCUGCAUCAGCAAGAAGAAGACAUAGUAUGGAAGGUCAUCGUCCAAUAAUGGGUGGAGAAUCGUCUGGACCUCAUUCUCCAGUGUCGGUUCCUGUAGCAGAGCUGAGGCUGGUGCUGCUGGGGAGGACGGGGUCUGAGAAGAGUGCAGCUGGAAACAUCAUCCUCGGCAGAAAUGAGACGAACCAUGCUUCAACAUCUACAGCUACAUCUACACCUACAUCCACCCAGCAGAGUGAGAGCACACAGGGGGAGGUGUCUGGGAGGAAGGUGACUGUGGUGGACACUCCUGAUUGGUUCUUUCCUGGACUCUCUCUGGAGAAGCUGAGACACGACGUGAGGCGCUGUUUUCGUCUGUCUGCUCCAGGACCCCACACCUUUCUUCUGGUCAUACCUAUAAAGCAGCCUACAGGAGAGGAGAGGAGGAUGGUGGAGAAGAUGGAGGAGAUUUUUGGUGAGAGAUGUUGGAGAAACACCAUGAUCAUAUUCAGUUUUAAAGAUGAACUUCAGAAGAAGAACAUUGAGGAGUUUAUUCAAUCAGGAGUCCAGGAGGUCGAGAGACUUGUAGAGAAAUGUGGGAACAGGUUUCACUGUCUCAACAUUAAGGAGAGUGGAGAUGGAUCUCAGGUCUCUGAACUGCUGGAGAAGAUAGAGAAGAUGGUGGAAGAAAACAGAGAGAAAUUCUACAGCAGUGAGAUCUACCUGGAGACGGAAUCUCAGAUCAGAGCAAUGGAAACUAAAAUCCUGAAGGAAAUAGAAGAGAAAAGGAUGGAGGGGGAGAAGAAAGUGAAGGAGAAAAAAGAAAAGGAGAUGCAGGAGUCUCUGAGGAAGAUAGAGGGAGUGAUCCAGGAGCAUGAAGGAGAUAUCAGACAACUUAAUGAUCGAACAACUGAACUGGAGAGAAAGAUGAAAGAAGAGAGGGAUGAAGAGAAAAAGAAAGAACUUGAGAUGGAGCUGCAACGAGAGGUAGAGAGAAGAACAGAUAUGGAAGACAAGGUGAAGAAACUAAAAGUAAAGAGAGAGAGGGAGAGAAAAGAGAUGGAGGAGAGACACAAACAGGAGAUGGAGAAGAUCAGGGAGGAGUGUGAAGGAGAGGUGAGGAUGGAGGUAGAGAGAAAACUCAUGAAGAUCAUAAUGCCUGAACUCCAGAGAAACAUUUUGGCCUCAAAAGCAGAGAUGCAGGAAAAGUUCAGCAGACAGAUGGAGGAGAAGCACAGAGAGCUGGAGCUUCUUAAACAGAAACUUUCAGAGCUCUCAGAGACUCACAAUGUGCUUGAAGAGGUUUAUGUGAGAACUGUGAGAAGCAGCUCAGAAUCGGAGGAUUCAGCUUCACCCAAAGAGAAAAACACAGGGAUUUCACAGAAAUUAAAAAAUCUAUUUAACUGAAGAGAAAUGAUCAGAAACCAAUGACAGAAUUGAUAAAAUAUCUGUAAUAAAUAUGAUACAGAGAAAUAUUGCCAUCAAAAUGUAAUCUGAAAACCAUUGAAUAAUUAUGCUGCAGUAUUAAUAAACAAAAAGAAAAAUUAAUAAAUUAAUCACUAAUUGAUUGCGGUGAAACAGUCACACACCAGCAUCACACAGAAAUGCUUUCAUUCUAAAAAAAAAAACUAAAUAUGAAUUUAUAUGAAUGUCCUUGUUGUAAUGCACUUUAUAUUUUCUGUUAUAUUGUUAUUCCCACUGACUUGUAUGGCGGAUAAUCAAAGCACAUAAUCUAUCUAGAGGUUUAAAACAUAAUAAUAUUCAGUCACAUGAAAAUCAUCAAUUCUACAGUAUGUCUUUAGGCCCUGAAUAACAAUUAUGAUGCAUCUGUUUCUUCUGAAUGUUGUUUCACAAUAUACAUGCUUCCAUUAGGAAAUAUUAUUAGAAGGCAUGGAAUUAGCUUCCAUUGUUAUGCUGAUGAUACUCAGCUAUAUAUUUCAUCUAAACCAGGCG